AUGAAUGAAUCGGAAGGAAUAUCUCUAUUGAAGCAGAAAAAGGCUCAAAAAACUAACAAAAACCGAUCGAGAGCUCAGUCCAGGGCUUCGGGCACUUCGACCGCCUUUUGGCCAAAUGGUGUCGUUUACUAUCAAAUCGACAAUUCCUUAUGUAUGGGGAGACGGAUGCUAUUCAUCGGUGGGCAAAGUGGGUGGCCGUCAGUACUUAUCGCUGGGCAACGGGUGUCACGACAUCGGGAGUGCGAUGCAUGAGAUACUGCACGCGCUGGG